AUGUUGUCCCUUACCAACCCCAUCGAGCGUGGAUUGAUAACCAACUGGGAUGACAUGGAGAAGAUCUGGAGCCACGCCUUUGCCAACGAACUUCAAGUAGCUCCAGAAGAGCAACCGGUUCUCUUGACCGAGCACCCGCUUAACCCAAAGAUUAACCGAGAGAAGACGACGCAGAUUAUGUUUGAAACUUUCCACGUCCCGGCAUAUUAUCUGGGUAUCAACGCUGUCUUAGCUUUGUACGCGACCGGUCGUACGACUGGCCUGUCUGUUGAUUGUGGCCAUGGCUCGACGGAUUUUGUCCCAGUUUAUGAGGGGACUGCAUUAUCUCAUUCAAUUCUUCGGAUGGAUGUCGGCGGAGACGAGGUCACAAGAUACCUCAUGAAUACAUUGGGUAGAGAUUCUUUCAGUCCUGAGAUAUUCCAGGACAUGAAAGAGAAACACUGCUAUGUUGCGCUUGAUAUUGAAGAGGAGCCGAAGCGCACCGGAAGUCCUCUUUCAGCCUUUUAA